AUGGGCAAAAGGCGAGACAGAGCCGACUUUCAGAAAGAGCGAAUUCGGAAAAGAGUGCAGAAAGCCAAGCGUGAAAGGCUUGCUCAAUCCAGAAGACUCCAGACCAGCAAACAAAAGGCUUCGAAGGACUUCAAACGUUCAGGAUUCUCUCCAGCAAAAAGGGAACAUGAUGGAUUCAACAGCAGUAAAGUGAGGAAGGAGGCAAAUCAGGACGACAGGGUGCUAUGCAAGAGGAUGAAGAGCUGGCACACAAGAUCAGAGGCCCAAGAAGAUGACGACAUGGCACUGCAAGUUGAUGUUGUCGGCUUCAAUGAACGAGUGGAUGCACCUCCAAAGCUAAGGCAGGCAAAAGCAAGGGCACCAGGAGGGAAAGGCCUCAAACUGCUAUCGGUGCUGGAAGGAUCAGCAGUACACCCAAUGGAACCACCUUCAGGAGGUCCUGCCAGUGUCCAUGGAGGAAUGAGAAACGCAGCCAUUGAAGCUUACAGAAAGCUGAAAAGCAAAACUAACACAAGCGGACGAGGUAAAGCCACUAUGCGCUCACUAAAGCAACUGGUUGAGAAGGGGGAGGAGCAGAGAGCACCAUCUUGA